AUGAAGUCGGGAUUCUUUGCAUUCGCCCUCUCGCUCCUCGCGGCGCCGGUGCUGUCGGUCGCCGUGAGAGUCGUCAGGCAGCUCGCCAUCCCACACGACGAGCCGCAGUGGGCGAUGACGGACAAGUUCACCUCGGCCAUCCUCGAAAGCACCAACCUGUACCGCCAACAGCACAACGCCCCGGAUCUCACGUGGAAUGAGACCCUCGCGUCCUUUGCAACCGGCCACCUCGAACGGAGCGACUGCGAGUUCAAACACUCAGGCGGUCCGUAUGGCGAGAAUCUUGCCCUGGGGUUUCCGAAUGUCACUGCGAGCGUGGAGGCCUGGGGCAACGAGAGGGACAAGUUUGACUGGGAAAACUUCCGGUUCCAGUUUGAGACGGGACACUUCACACAGUUGGUGUGGAAGACGACCACUUCAGUUGGGUGCGACAGACGGGUGUGCGCCAAGUCCGGGUGGUAUCUCGCGUGCGAGUAUUGGCCCAGGGGGAAUGUCCAGGGGCAGUAUCGCGGCGAAGUCGAAACGAGAGUACCUACACCGGACGGCAAAUAG